ACCACAGUACAUGACAGAUUGUGACCGGUGACGGUGACGUUUAAAAUUGUAUUUUGUGUUUGUAGUUGCGAUAACUGAUGUGUACUUUUUUAAUUGUUAGAAGUCUGCUAGUAUUUUAUUGUUGUAAAAGUCUAAACUAACUUAUUUUUUUUUAAAAUGAAGUGGUACAGUGGAGAAAUAGCCGAUGCGGUUGCUUUUUCUAAAUCGAAAGGAGCCGUUUUUGUAGUGUAUAUUGAAGGUACUGACGAAAAGUCACAAAAAAUAACAGACCUCAUCAAUAAUGGCGACCUUGGAGAAAAACUGGAACAAGAUCACUUUGUAGCUAUCAAAGUAAUUGCGGGCUCUACAGCUCACCAGCAGUUUAGCGAAAUUUAUAAAGAACCGAGUGUACCCUCGAUAUAUUUUAUUGGUCAGAAGGGUGUUCCUUUAGAUAUCAUUACAGGAAGUACUAAUUUAGAAACAGUUUCUGCUAAAGUGGAUGAUGUCUUGAACAGGGCAGGAUUCAGUACAGCCCCAGUUCAUUCUAUUUCAGCUGAAUCAGAAAACUUCCUGGCACAUGAACAAGCUGGUGAGACACCACGAGUCGAAAGUGAUAAUAAUGCUCUGAAUACGUCCGAAGAAAGUCCCCCCGAAGAAGAAUUGAGCCCCUCCGAAACAGAAAUUGAAAAAUCAUCCGAAGAUAAACCCCCCGAAGAGCAACCGAGUCCGUCAGAAACGCAUACAGAACCAGCAAAAGAAGAAGAACCAGCAAAAGAAGAGAACGCAGAAAGUACGAAAGGUAAAGAAGUUACGGUAGCCGAGGAAAAUAAGGAGGAUAAAGAAGUUAAAGUAGAUACAGAAUCUGAAGAAGUUAAAACAGAAAAAGAAACUACAGACACUAAAGAAGAGGCAGAAGCAGAACUGUCAGGGGAAGAAAAAGUAAGGAGAGCUAAAGAACUGAUCGAUUUAAUACGGAAGGAGAAACAGAAGGAAGAAGAAGAGAAUGAACGUUUGAAGGAGCUAGAGCGCAGGAAGAUGGGCCAAAAUGUACAACAACUAAAAAAAUGGCAGGAGGAUCAAGACCUGAAACAGUUAAAAGAGGAAAGGGAUAGGGAGAAGCGCGAGAAUCAAAUAGCAAGAGAUCGCGUAUUGGCGCAAAUAGCCCAAGAUCGGGCCGAAAGACAGGCGAGACAUCAACCGAGUCCCCCUAAAGCCCCCGAAGCUCCCAAGGCACCAACCCCACCAAAACUAGAUUCAAACACCACAAGACUGCAAUUUAAAUUACCCGAUGGCACGAGUGUUACUCAAGUGUUUGAGGUUUCUGAUACUUUAGAGUACGUUGUUUCUUUUCUUAGGUCAGACUUGAAUAUCACCCUUAGUAGUUUUAACUUAGCUACCACUUUUCCUAGAAGAGAAUAUACAUCAAAGGAUUAUCCCACUACUUUGCUAGAUUUGCAGUUAGUUCCGAAUGCUAAUCUGUUGGUGUUGCCUACCAAUGGUGGAGAAGUCUCCACUAGUUCAAACCCUGGAAUAAUUUCAAUUCUUUGGUGGGGCAUAUGGUCUCCGAUAUUUAGCAUCUUGGGAUUCUUUAAGAAUCUGGUGUUUGGAUCCAGUUCUGGAAAUACUACUAGGCCGCCACCAAAUGAACCAGCAGGGAAAACACCAACGACUUCUAGUACUGGUACUACUAAGCGUAAAGGAGCUAAUGAUGGAACAACAGUCAUUAGACGUCAAGGGAACGUUCACAGACUUAGUGACAGAAAAGACGACGACGAAGAUAAUAACACUUGGAAUGGAAAUUCUACUCAGCAAAUGUGAAGCACCUAAUUUUUUGCAUAUUGAAUUUGUUUUAAGAAUUGUUUAACUAUUGAAUAUGCUGGCAUACUGAUUUAUAAGUUUUAAUAAAUGUUAAUACUAUUUUAUUCUUUCUUGCUGUAAAAUAUAUUACUUAAUAAAAUAUUUUUAAUUAA